GUUCUGAGUGGAGCCGGUGACAGUCAUGUCCGGCAGAAUAAACUCGAGGGACGUGGACAAAGCUGUGCGACAGCCAUUUGACAUGCUGUUGAGUCGUGUUUAAAACCCCGGGGUCGAAGAAAGGACCAGACAAGAAGCUGCUCUUGGCUUUAUUUUGUGGCCAACUUACAAUUUUCCUGACGUUCUGCUGCUAUAAACAAAUAAUGAAUGACUUCUUAUUGCGUGAACUGAUACACACUGGAAAGAGUUCAAUAUGAUUGAAUUUGCACAAAACAAUAGCUUUUGAUUACAAGACAAGCCCCUUGUGGAAUUUGGAGGCUAUUUUUGGUGCAAGAGAAGCUGAGACGACGUAGUUAGAGAAGAGGACACAGUUAUUCUAUAUUUGACACUAAAUCUCGCAUUUUAGAAUGAACAUGGUCUCAAGACCUACACCCUGAACUGCCCUAGAUUGUUUGAUUUUUUUUUUUAUUUCUCCCUUUUUAAAGAAGGGGUUUUGAGCCAAGUUGCAGGAAUGGGUCCGUUUGUGUCUCCUUUUAAUAACUUGCUAUGCAUGUUGCUGGGCAUCUCCUUCACCGUGUGGUUCACUCUGUUGCUGGUGUUCAUCAUCGUGCCGGCUAUAUUCGGCCUGUCCUUCGGCAUCCGGCGGCUUUACAUGAACACCCUGCUCAAGGUGUUUGAGUGGGCCACAAUGCGGAUCGAGAGAGGGGCCAAGGAGAAGAAUCAUCUUCUGUAUAAACCCUAUACAAACGGUAUUAUAGCCAAAGAGCCCACUUCUCUGGAGGAGGAGCUUAAAGAAAUUCGCCGUGUUGGCAGCAGCCGCGACCUGAAUGGCCCCUCUUCCUCCCCCACAGGCUCCUCCCCUUCCUCCUCAGAGUUUGCUGUGUCAGAUAUUUUCUAUUUCUGCCGGCGUGGUGUCGAGAGCAUCGUGGAUGACGAAGUGACCAAGCGCUUCACAGCCGAGGAGCUUGAGUCCUGGAACCUGUUGACGCGCAGCAACUACAACUUCAGACACAUCAGCACACGACUCACAGCACUCUGGGGGCUCGGACUGAUCAUCCGCUACUGCAUCUUGCUGCCUCUCAGAUUGACACUCGCCAUCACAGGCGUGACUCUGUUGGUUGUCCUCACCACCUUAGUCGGAUUUCUGCCCAAUGGGAGGAUGAAGAAUUUUCUCAGUGAAAAAGUGCAUUUGAUGUGUUACCGGGUUUGUGUGAGAGCACUUACCGCAAUCAUUACUUACCAUCACAGUGAGAAUAAGCCUAAGAACGGAGGAAUCUGUGUUGCCAACCACACGUCACCCAUUGAUGUCCUCAUACUAGCUAGUGACGGCUGUUACGCAAUGGUAGGACAGAUCCAUGGAGGUCUGAUGGGAGUCAUUCAGAGGUCUAUGGUGAGGGCUUGUCCACACAUCUGGUUUGAACGCUCUGAAGUCAAAGACCGCCAUCUUGUGGCCGAAAGGUUGAGUGAUCAUGUCGAGGACAAAAGCAAACUCCCAAUCCUCAUCUUUCCCGAAGGUACCUGCAUCAAUAACACGUCUGUGAUGAUGUUUAAGAAGGGAAGCUUUGAAAUUGCUUCAACAAUCUACCCAGUGGCCAUCAAGUAUGACCCUCGCUUUGGGGACGCCUUCUGGAACAGCAGCAAGUUCGGCAUGGUGAAUUACCUCCUCCACAUGAUGAGCAGCUGGGCCAUUGUAUGCAGCGUGUGGUACCUCCCCCCCAUGAGCCGACAGGAAGACGAGGACGCUGUGCAGUUCGCUAAUCGGGUUAAAGCAGCUAUUGCCAGACAGGGUGGCCUUGUGGACCUACUAUGGGACGGAGGCUUAAAACGCAGCAAAGUGAAAGAGUCCUUUAAAGAAGAGCAACAGAAACUGUACAGCAUGAUUUUGGUGGGAACUCACGAAGACCGCAGUCGCUCAUGAGGAAUGAAAGCUGACUGAGGUGACUGGACAGGAAAGAAAUUGAAUCUCUGAAUCUUAAAAAAAACAUCAGGAUUGUGUCAUGAGCCACAUCUUGCAUCUGCUGGUGGUAGAAUGGAUUGAUUUUCAGUCGUCAGUUCCUUCACUUAUUAUGUUUGAGCCACCAAACACAGCAUGAUGUUGCGGAGUAAUUUAAUACCAUGGCCACUUUGUACGGUCUCUAAGCGCACAUUCUCGAAGACAAACUGGUGGCUAUCAACACUCUCGAAAACAACAGUGUAACAGCAGGAUGUUGGAUAUUGUUGUUGUUUUAAGCUUUGUGAAUCCAUUAUUAUUAUUAUUAUUAUUAUUAUUAUUAUUAUUAUUAUUAUUAAUCUUAUGUUAUAAUCAGUUUUUUUUCCCUUUAUCUCUGCUGUGUGACUAUAUCUGUCCUGUACAUGUUUACAGGAAAAAAACCAAACUCAAAUAGGUCCUUAAUUAUAGCUAAGGCAAAUUAGCUAGUACGUUAUAAUAAUUCACAGUUAUUCCACGAAAUCGAGUCAUACAUGAGCUGAUGGCCUCAUCGGCUAUGUGCGGCGAGAUUGAGUGGAAUAACUGUUUUAUUCUAUCCACAUUCACUGGAUUUUGAGAAACAGAGUAUUUUUAUUUUUUGCAAAUUCGAUAAAUAAAAACUUUUAUACAAAACGUCUGACAAAAUCAGUUCCACUUAGAAUGUAAACAAACCAGCGAAAUGACAGGAGCAAUUUGUGAAAAAUGUGAAAAUAAUAAUUCUUGAAAAAUAAAAAAGAUACGUUCUUACCAUCAGAUACUUUCAUUUCAUGUUUUGUUGCUUUUUUGUGUAUUUUUUUGGGGUUAUUUUCUUCUUCAGGUUUUUUUUUUGGUGGUUGGCAAACCAACUUAAAGGUGCAUUACUGCCACUGACUGGGCUGGAGUGUGGAACAGAAGAUAUUGGGGGGGGGGGACUGAACUAUAUUCUUUUAGUUAUUUCUGUUUCUUUUAAAUACCUGAUCAUUUUGGGGUUUUGUUUUCGAGUAGAGUUUUUAUUUCGUCCUCGGUUGGUUCAGUAACACGCUCCGCCAUUUUGUUUUUCUCUACUUACGGGAUAUGAGCUGAUAGCCUAGUAGUAGAGUAGCCAAUCAGACCGUGUGAUUGCUCAUAUCCAGUGAACGUGGAUAGAAUAAUGCAAUUUAUACCACAGUGCUGCUAAAUUCUCAAUUCUGGCCUGAGUUUCCCAAAAGCAUUGCAGCACAAAGAUCAUCAUUAAAUGGUAGAGCGAGCAGCACAAUGAACACUUUCUCUCCUAGUUAAGAUGCUCUUAGUGUUAAGAGGCUUUUGGGAAACCCACCCUUGAUUGAUCCGAAGGUGCUGUUUCAUUUUCUACAACAGCAACUCUGACAGACCUUACGGCGGGUUUACAGUAUAUCAGUGUGCUUGAUUUAAUACGUUAUCGUUUCUAUAGUAACAACUCGUUCAUAGGGAUUUCUACAAUGGACGCGCUACAUCGUACAUCAGAAACAUAAAAAAAUCUUUUUUGUUGUUUAACAGUUCAUCUGGUAACAUUUUCUGUAAGGUGGUGUUUAAUAUUUAUGGAAGGGGUCUCUAGGAACAGCCAGGACAUUUUUCCACCAUGGGAAAGUCUUCAGGACAGAGGACUUUGCCGUUUCUCGGUAACACAGCGAGCUGUGUGUUUGGCUUAUUAACGACAAGUGAAAGAAAAAAACAACAACAAAGGCUGGUGAGAGAAUUAACGUUCAUACUGUAGCUGCUGUAUUGUUGCUAUAACAUAACUUGCGGAUAUUAUUCAACGUUAAACUUAACUCGAAGCAUUGUAUUGUAAUGAUCAGCAAAUUGCUGUGCUAUAAGAUGAAUAAAACAUAUCAGGAUGUGCUGUGUUAGGAAAAAGUUUAACACUACGUCAU